AUGACGGACUGCCAAGACCCCGAGAUGGAACAAGGUUCCAACUUGCCGUUGCCUCCUGGUAUUGACGGCGAAGAGACAAAUGAGCCGCAAGUCGAGUCCGAACUAGAAAGCCCAAGUACACUUGCAGAGAAAGUCCUUGCCGAAGCACAGCAGGCUUUAGCUGAUAGCUGUGAUGUUAGCCGGGGUGACUACCUCUUCGGAGGUCCAGAUCUCGACCCCGAAAUUGAGAAUGGCCACGCUGGAUCUGAGGGAGAGGUUGACGGGAGACGCAUCAUGGAUGAAAUUCCUGCCCCUUCACCUGGACAGCUUGACACUUUCAAUAGCUUGGUUACGCAGGCUACGCUUAGUGCCGACGUCAGCGACGGGCUGAAGUUGCCGUGGGAGCAGGGAAUUUUCAAAACUAUUUUUGAUGACGCCCCACUAUGGGGGCUCCCAGAAAUCCCUCAAAUCUCCCAGUCAACAUGUGGACAAUAUCCAGAACCUGAAGAACUUGAGAUUGACUAUCCAUAUCCAGAGCCCAGAGCCAAAGUGGCACGGACAUCUCGGGUGGUGCAUGGCCUUUAUGACAGAGCGAUCAGCUUCGGUCUGACUUUAACCGACCAAGAAAUUGACAAGAACAAGUGGGCACGAUCUCUGGAAAAAUUGUACACGCUCUUCACUGUGAAUUCUUCCAGCUGCCCUGAAAGUCUGAAGUUGGUAGCCGAUGACAUGGAACAGAACCUUGCCCGCAUCAGACAUCUCUGUGGCCUUAAGAGCUCAGGGACAAUCUUGAAGCGUGCAAACAGCUUGCUACGAUAUGUGGCGUGGCACAGAUCAUUCUACUACCAGCGACAGCCCUUUCCUUUCGCCUUUAACUGUGCAUGUUUGAAAAACACCGAAAUGAACCUGUUCGACCGGUACGCGGCGGGCUCCUUUCUGUUCGCUAUUUACGCUCGAUGCCGCUGGUCAGACAUGCGAGCUGUCAACUCGUUCGACUUUGACGUUUCAACAGAAGAAAAUCACGUGCAUGGUUUCCUUGGAUUUACAACUUUCAAUCACAAAACGGCAUCGCAAGUUGCCAGACAUGGCUUACCUUUGCCCUUAGUUGCCCCAAUCUGGGGCCUUGAAGCCCCGGCCUGGGGCUUGAUGUGGAAGAAGGUAGCUCGAGAAGCCGGGGUGGACUUCAGCGAAGCCUUCGCGGGCCCAGUGCUGCCGGCUCCCCUCAAAAAUGGAACAUGGGGGUCGCGUUCAGUUGGAUCCAGUGAAGCGAGCAAAUGGCUUCUUGCCCUACUCAACAAAGUCAGCGACAACCUGGAGACAGUGUCAUCGCACUCCCUAAAGUGCACUACACUCUCAUGGUUAGCAAAAGCUGGAGCGGACGAAGCCCACAGGUUGGUGCUAGGACACCACAGCAGUGGGCGAGGAUCCCUGGAGAUCUAUUCCAGGGACAUGCUCGCAGCCCCUUUGCGCACUCUCGAGGGGGUCCUCAGACAGAUCCGUGUUGGGGCACUCCAACCAGAUCGCACUCGGUCUGGAAUUAUCCAGAAACCCACAAGAGAUGAUUGUAGAGACACAGAUCCUCAGAACAGCGGCACAGAAGAACAGCCUGGACGGGAGGCAUCCAGCAGUUCAUCUUCUUCAUCUACAUCAAGCUCAGACUCCGACUCAGCCGACAAUGAGUCAGAUGCGGAAGACCAGAUUGGGCAUUGGGCCAAGCUCUCCCAGGACAACAAACACCAACAGUCUUGGGGCAUUCGAACGAUGUACCAGCAUAAGCUGAGCAAAGUCGUGCACCUAGAAGCAGACUCCGAGAAACGCCAGUUUGAGUGCGGCAUCAUAGCAUCGCAUGAGCACGAAAUCGUGACACAAACUCUUUUCCUCGCCACUUCGUUGGUGUACUCCACUGACGCCUUGACGUCUCGGGCCAAGAAAGCCGGCUUGAGCCAAGAGGAGAUCGAUGCCAUUUUGGCGAGCAAUGUGAAAAGCCUUGCGCAACUUGCAUUUGCAGUCUCGCCUCCAGGUGCGUCUCCGUCAGAUAAUGCUGUUCGUGCUUUCUUUGGAGGAUCAGUAGCUGUCAACCUUGCCACCAUCACUUCGUUCAAGCUCCUUGUUUUUGAAGCCCAUACGUUGGUGGUAGCCAACAUCAAAUCAGAAGUCACCAAGCGUGACGAACCAGCCACUCAUAGUGUCCUUCCGCCAGCUGAGAGGGAUCGUCGCAUCCGUGAGCAGACAAAUCGCCUCAAAGGCUUGAGGUUCCGAGGGGACGAAGAAUGCGCCCAUAGCAACUAUGACCUCGUUUUUUCCUUGAUCGAAAAGGACACUUUGCUUUACAUUCACCCAGAAAAGUUCAUUACUCGCCGUUGUGAACUCCAACAGAAACGGCCAAGCAAGGAGGUCGUCCUUGACCACAACUCACUGACGGUGAAAGAAAAGCAGAGUGAGCUGACAUGUUCCACCCGCACGGAACUUGAAUUGUUCCAAGCCAUGAGUUUCAGAACAAUUGGUAUUCACCGAAAUCCAGAGGAUUUCGUCAAAGAUGCCCUGGCUUGCAAACAUCCAAGCACUGCAAGUGAUGAGUUGCCACCCCCUAUGUUGAGGGCGAUCAAGUUCACGACGGAACACACUCCUGAGCAUGUUGGCAAGACCAGAUCCUCUGUUCUCAGAGAAAUGGUGGCCAAAGCAAGGGAGCUGACUCAAGGCGAGGAAGAUCUGAAAAGCAGCCUGUCAGUGCGCAGGAGAGAAGAGCUGUGCCUUUUCAUCGGAGAGAUCCUUGAGAAGGGAACUCUGAGCCGGCCAGAUGCCGAGCGCCUUCGAGGGCGGCUGCAGUUCGCCUCAAACCAUCUCUUCGGCAGAAGGUUCAAGAACUGUCUGCGUGAGCUCAAUACACAUAUAUCUCGAGGCUUCAAAAGUUUGACGCCCUUGCGCAUGAUAUCCCACGUGCUGGAGUUGAACAAACCACGCGUGGUGGACACUUGUCAUUUUGAGUGGGUGCAUCUCUACGUGGACGCGGCGUACGAGCCGGCGGGGCAGUCUGGAAUAGGCGGCUUACUUCUGGUCGUCGAAUCCUUGAGUGACAUGAAAAGGACCAGGGUGGACCUUUUGACUAUGUGGAAGAAAUGCUUGGAAGAAGUGAGAGACGUCACCCUUUACACAGGGGAAUGGCGCGAUGACGUCGGCUGA